AUGACUCCUCCUCCAGCUGUGAAUGGUUCAUUGGGGCAGGAGCCCCAGAGGCAGCUUCCAGAGGUGCUGGGUGGAGCCUGGGAACCACUUCAAGGAGACGGGCUGCCACCACUCACCAUCAUUGUUGCCGCCUUUGUCCUGCUUGCGGUCUGUAUUGUGGUGGCAGUCCACUUUGGGCCAAGGCUGCACCAAGGCCAUGCUACUCUCUCCACAGAGCCACCAGCCCCAAAGCCAGAGUAUGGCAUCUACCUCAUCCACUGGAGGCUGCUGGGCCCCCAGGACAGUCAUAAAGAAGACCAGCAGGGACCUCCUAUCCCUGGAUCUGAUCCUACUCCAGAAGGGCCCAGGCCCAGUAUUGAUGAAGUAACAUAUCUGUAA